AUGGCUAUUUCCUUGAACAAAACUCUUCUUAAUCUGUCAAAGCUCAAGCCUUUGGACGGAAAUAAUUUUAAAUGUUGGUCACAGAAACUUCUCAUUUUCUCUGAACAAUUAGAAGUUGAUUAUGUUUUGUUUAACGAACCUCCUACUUUUGGUUCUAACACUGUUGUUGAUGUUGCUAACACUACUAUUGGUUCUAUCACUACUAUGGUUGUUGAUAAUGCAACUAAAAAGAAGUUUGAAAAAGAUAACAAAACUAUUAGAGGGCAUUUGCUGAACCAUAUGACUAAUCCUUUAUUUGAUUUAUUUGUUACUUAUAAAUCUGCCAAGGAAAUAUGGGACAAUUUGGAAAAGAAAUGUGGUGCUGAUGAUGCAGGGAAGAAAAAGUAUGUUGUUGGGCAGUGGAUUAAGUUCCAGAUGGUUAACAAUAUGCCAAUUAUGGAACAGGUUCAUGAGUAUGAGAACUUGACUGCGGCUGUUCUGACCGAGUGCAUGAAGAUGUGUGAGGUUUUUCAAGCCAAUGUUCUGCUUGAGAAAUUCCUGCCUUCUUGGAGUGAUUACAGGAACCAACUGAAGCAUAAGAAGAAGGACUUGACCAUUCAGGAACUGAUCAGUCACAUGAGAACUAAAUAG